AUGGCUGCGACAAGGCCUGUUCGGCCGAAACCCCUGGACUGGCCAGGUCCCUCGCAUUUGGAUGUGUUUAUUCGCAAUCUGAAGCUAUUGCGUUUGGAUAAACGCGAGGAUUGGCCCGGCAUAUCUCUACGCACCUUAACCCCGACAUCACAGAACCAGCGACAAAGAACCCGUUUGAUAGAAUGGGCCCUUUACUACCUCUAUACCAUCUGGGAACCGGAGGGUGCCCAAAAUAAACUCCGACCCUUCUUCCCCCCGUUAGAGCCUCUACAGUCUGUCAACCUCCGCGCGGCCUUGUUUCGGUGCCUGGGCGAAUUAAAGAAAAAUGGCGAUCUGGGAAGGGAGAUUAUCCUUCGCAAAACUAUGCUGGAUGAUUGCAAGGGCGAUAAAUUCGAGGAGCUGCUCGCGGGCUUCUCCACGGCCGUUCUCCGUAAAGUUAUGGCGGUGUCCACGGAUGAAAUGCUUUGGAAUCCUGCCAUGAAGCUUUCGACCGCCACGGCCAUGACCCCAACCGACUAUCAGAAUCUUCUGCCGCUCAUUCUUGCCCACCAAAUAUCUCUCGGUUCUGCGGGAGAACGCAAUGCCCGAGUUCGAGAUGCGUAUCAUCGGUUCUCACAGCUGCUAGACGAUAAGAAGGUCGAGCUUACCGAACGUGCAAAUCAAGGAUCAGGUGGUUGCAUGGAUGAUAUUCAGGGCGACCCUGAGAGCUUGGUGCGUGAAUUACAAACAAAUUGGCUGGGCGGCGAGAAAUGGGCCACUGCACUGCUCGAAGGCGGAUCACAAAGCAGCACGGACGCUUUUCUGGAACUUCCUUUCUCGACGGCAUGGAUGCGGGCAACGGACUCGAAUGUGGCCAGUUUCAGCAGUGGGUUGAAGCAGGACCUGGUCCUUGAUUUGGAGGCUCGUAUUCUACUCCAACGAAGUCGACUACGCAAGUGGCAUGAAUAUAAUAAGUCUCUCUCAAACGAAAGAGGCACCGACGAAAUUCGCACAGCCUCACCUAAAGAACCACGUGUGCUAUUCCGGGAUCACCAGUCUCUCACAGUUGCUAGUAUCUCCAAAGCUGUCCGUCAGCCCGGGGAUCGCCAGCGGACAUUGAAAGGGCCAGAGAAAUAUCUCCUAUCAUCUGUAAAUGAGGCCAUAUCCCGUAUCAACGGCAAAUCCCGCGUCAAGCCUGCGGUUUACACCCCGGAGGUGAAAUUGAGCAGCAAAUUACAAUUCAGAAACUCAUCUGAGAUCGUCAGCUCCCCAUCAAGAGUGGCAGAAGAACACCACACCCCAAAUCACGCAUCAGACCUGGAGACCCCAGAGCCCCACCCAGAGCCCGAGCCAUAUCCAGAAUCAGAGCAUAUUCAACCCUCUCCCCAAAUCGUCCGGCUCUCCCCAGAUCUCCCCUCGUCAGACGAGGCACCAGCCCCAGAACCCAUCAAGCGCACCCACACUUUAGCUGAGCGCACGCGCAGAUCAAUGUCUCUCCUCCCACCUGUGGCACAUGAAGCGCCUCGGCCACGCCGCAGACCCCGCCCGUCCUUCCCGGUCAACCAGUUCAUAACGCCGCGGAAGACUUCUGCGCACUCAGCUCAUUCGAGGGAUGAAAUCUCACGUGCUUCAACGCCGCAAGAUCAGCUCUUUGAGGAAGACGCCGAGUACGCGAGUGUCUUUAAGUCGCGGCCGCGCGUGGCGCUUAGUCCUAUCUCGUCGCCAGCUGUGCAUGUCAGUCCCUCUUUUGAGGAGGAGAGCUUUGAAUUGGAUUAUGAGGACGGGGAUGAGAGCGAGGGUUAUGAGUGGGGGGAUGUGGAUUCGCCUUUGGCUGCUCCGCGGUUGAGGGGCUAG